UUCGAUGGGCACACAAUGAAAUCUCUCCAGAUUAUUCUAUUUGCUGUGCUGGGUCUGAUGCUGUUUGCAGAGGCAAGGCGCUUCAAGUCGUCAACACACAAAAUGCUGCCAUGGAAACCAAUAACAACACCCAAACCUGUAGUGAUGAAACUUUCCAAGAGCUUAACCAGAGCUCAACGCUUAGAGCUGAGCGAUCAUUGUAAAGCCAACGGCAUGGAAUGCCGGCUCGCCGAGGAAUGUUGCAACUUAAAGUGCGCGAUUGCGACUAAGCGGUGUAUAGAGCUGAUAAACCCCCAAGAUGUACUGGCUCAGAACAUAUAUGGUAUAUGA